CUUCAGUCCACCAACAUGUCCGUCUGUGUGUUCCUCGUGGCCACGUACACUGACGGAACCCCCACGGUGAACGCAGAGUGGUUCUGCAAGUGGUUGGAGGAGGCGUCCACUGACUUCAGAUACGGGAAGACCUACCUGAAAGGCCUCAGAUAUGCAGUGUUUGGUCUCGGCAACUCUUUCUAUGUCGGCCACUAUAACACGGUGGGUACAAACGUGGACAAGUGGCUUUGGAUGCUGAGUGGCAUGCGCAUCAUGACCAGGGGAGAGGGUGACUGUAAUGUGGUGAAGAGCCGUCAUGGCAGCAUUCAGGCAGACUUCCUGGCCUGGAAGGUGAAGUUCCUGACCCGCCUCCAGGCCCUGGCCAAGGGAGAGAAGGGCUGCUGCGGGAACUCUCAGAACGGAAGCUCCUGUAAGAACAAGAAGAAGGAACAGGAGGAGGACGAGGCAGCGCCUGUACCGCAGGACAACAGCUCCGAGGUAGAGCA